AGCCACAGUUUACGGAUUGCCUUCUGACCGACAGAUCGAACAACCCAAUCGAGCGCAGUGCACUCAAUCAACUAAAAACUGAAACUUAAAAAAGCACAGUCAGUGCAUAAAAGGAUAACCAAAGCCAAGUGACAAGUGUGUUGUGUGAUUCUCAAAAACUCCCAAAACUAUAAAUAAAAAACAACAAUGUUGAAAUUCGUUUGCCUGUUCGCGCUGGUGGCAUCCACCGCAGCUGCCGCCUCCGAGGCAGACAGCUUGCUGACAAGUGCCCUCAAAAUGGUCAAGGAUUGCGGCGAACGCUCGAUGGUGUUGUGCAUGAAGGAACGAGCCCUGCACUAUUUCGAUACCGAGAAUGGUGAUGUGAGGCUGACUGAGGGCAUUGCUCUGGUCAAAACUGAUGACAUUCCAGUGGGUCGAUCUCUGAAUGAUGUUACCUUGCCCGAGGAGGCGGAGGCACGUGAGUCUGAGGUUGAUUCGCUAUUGGUUGAGCGUGUUGCUCGCUUCUUUGGCACCCACACACUGCAGUUCAAGGUUCCCAAGGACUCCAUCCAGGACAUGCAGCGCGCCCUCGAAGAAUCUCGUGGCAAGAAGAAGGAGAAGAAGAAGUAUCUGAUGCCUCUGUUGAUGCUUUUCAAAUUGAAGAUGGCUGCUCUGCUGCCACUGGCCAUCGGCUUCUUGGCGCUCAUUUCUUUCAAGGCUCUGGUUAUUGGCAAGAUCGCUCUGCUGCUGUCAGGCAUCAUUGGUCUGAAGAAACUGCUGGAGUCCAAGAAGGAGAACUACGAGGUGGUUGCGCACCCGCAUUAUGAGCAUGAGCACAGCUACGGCAGGUCGCUGCAGGGCAACGAUGCUCAGAACUUGGCCUACGCGGCGUAUCAGCAAUAAGCGAUGUUGUCGAGUUGCCAAAGUGGAACAGCAAAUUAGUGCAAUACACAAAUCAAAUGAAACAAAACAAAAACAAAAAAAAGAGCAGAAAGGGAAAAGAGAAGAACACGGAGCACGUUGUGACUCGUUUAAUUUAUUUUAUUUAUUUAAUUUAUUUUGUAGCAUAACUCAAGCAAUCAAGGCGCCAUCAAAAUGAAUUCAACUUUUUCAGAAAUCGAAAACCAUAGUUAAUAAGUUCUAUAAUGACUGCAGUUGCAGCUGGUGACCGUAGGGGGCGGCAAACUAAACUAAACUGAACUAAACUAAAAACUAAAGCUUAAACUUAAACUAAAACUGAACUGUACUCAAGUGACUGCAUUUUGUAUUAUUGUAAUAAUUUAUUGCUCAGAGCUUUACUAUUGACUAUUUUUACUACUUAUAACUUCAUAUUCAUAUUUAUUGUAUUUACUUGUGUAACUUUAAUGCUAACUCUUGAACUCUUUUAAUUAACUCUUAACUUAAUCGAACUGCCACUUUGUAAGUGCAUGGCCAAGAAGCCACAGCAAUUACAA